AAGGCUGCGUUCCAAGCUUCCAAGGUUGACUCAGCCUCUCGUUGGCCCGAGCGCUCUUCAUCACCUACUACAACUUCCCGGAAUCGUUCAACACUCAGACCAACAAAACCCUUCUGCUUCUUGUACACCCUCAUCGGCAUUUCUACAAGAGCGGCGGUGCUACCAGAGCCAAUACCUAUCAUGGAGGUAUCCUGUUCAGACCUUGAGCAAGAGUUCCAGCAAUCCAUUUCGCGGUUGCAAGAUCAACGGGAAGCGCGUUUUGCAGAGGUCAAAGCUCAGAAGGAUUCUUCUUUAGAAGCCAAGAUAGCCAAGAGGCGGCUGGCGGAUCAUAACGACCAUAAGGAGAUUUUAGUAAUCUCAAGGCAAUGGGCUUCUCAAUUUGCUUUACACGUUCGCUCAAGAUUGCCUCGCGAAUUACGAGAUCAGAUCUACGACAACUUAAUCUCGCCGCACCUUUGGAUACAGAUUCCCACCCUCUGGGUAAAGAGACCCACUUUCAGGACUGAACAUAGACACAAGGUCAUGGUAGAUGCUCUAUCACUCGGCCGUCACUUUUACUUCAAGCCGGAGUACUUCGGGCAUUUGGCUAUAGAGAUUGCUGAGAGGUUCCUUAAGCAUUGCACUUUAGAACUUCGCGACGCGGACCUUAUACACACCAUUCUUGCAUUGGAAGUCGCUGACCUAGGAUCGGCCCCUAGGAACACGAUUAGUAAGGUCGUCAUGGACAUCAUUCCACGCGAAAAGCUGAGCAUCAUGUCCCGUCUGCCAGACAGAAAGGAUGUCGCUUUGGAAGCCGCAAUCCAGUCUCUUUUCGAUGCUAGAUCUAAUUCCAUAUUCCAACUAGAUCUCGUUGUAAACUCCGGAAUAUUUACGUUCAUUGUCAACCAGCUCAAGUUGAUCAUACCAACUAUGUACGCUACGAAGAAGAGGAAUUUCAGGAUCAAUGUUAGAAGUCCUCUCGAAGAGCAGCCACGACGGAGGGGCAUGUGGUUGGUUCAUGAUUUUACGAGCUUGUUUGACGGGACUCAGGAAGAGUGUCAUCUAAGACUGGAUAAGGCAAUAAAGGUCGCCGAUCUGGCGGAGACUGUCACGCUUGACCAUCCUGGUCGGUUCCUCUUACAACUUCCAUCUCCCAAAUGGUAUCAUGCAAUACCUGUAUGCUGCCAUUAAUAUUUUUUCCAAUCAAAGGUAUCUUGUACGCUUCACAUUCACGGCCGACUUUCACGAGUAUUUAAUAGGCUGGAAUACAUUCAUGGCAACGUCUAGAUUCCUCAGAAGGUACAGCUGCAGUAAUUGCAUAGGUUAAAGAAGUCACUCAAUUAUACAAUUAUGUACGGAACAUAUUCCCAACCCGUACAUAGACGUUGAGUGGCUUAUCGAGGAUGUUAACAAGUGCACAGCCACUUCUCU